AUGGUCUCUUUUUGUUUUUCAGAUUUUUUGUUUAAGUUCUUGGUUAUUGGAAAUGCAGGAACUGGCAAGUCUUGCUUGCUUCAUCAGUUUAUAGAAAAAAAAUUCAAAGAUGACUCAAAUCAUACAAUAGGAGUGGAAUUUGGUUCAAAGAUAAUAAAUGUUGGUGGUAAAUAUGUGAAGUUACAGAUAUGGGAUACAGCAGGCCAAGAACGAUUCAGGUCUGUGACGAGAAGUUAUUACAGAGGUGCUGCAGGAGCGCUCCUCGUCUAUGACAUCACCAGCCGAGAAACCUACAAUGCGCUUACUAAUUGGUUAACAGAUGCCAGAAUGCUAGCGAGUCAGAACAUUGUGAUCAUCCUCUGUGGGAACAAGAAGGACCUGGAUGCAGAUCGUGAAGUUACUUUCUUAGAAGCUUCCAGAUUUGCUCAAGAAAAUGAGCUGAUGUUUUUGGAAACAAGUGCACUAACGGGGGAGAAUGUGGAAGAGGCCUUUGUACAAUGUGCGAGAAAAAUACUUAACAAAAUUGAAUCAGGUGAGCUGGACCCAGAAAGAAUGGGCUCUGGUAUUCAGUAUGGGGAUGCCGCCUUGAGACAGCUGCGGUCACCACGUCGCGCACAGGCCCCAAGCGCUCAGGAAUGUGGUUGUUAGGAGCAGCGCCAGAGUGUACAGGUGUUCAUACAGUGGUAUUUGGGACACAGUUGUCGGACCUUGAAGAAGAAGUUUUUUACCACCAUCUUUUUCUACUUUAUACAGAAGUGGAUAUUUGUGCGAAGAAAAAUAAUUUGGGGUGUUAUGUAAGCCCGUAGAUGUGGCAGAGCAAAUCAUAUAAUAACCAAUCUCAUUAAAUGGACAGUACCAUUAGGUGUGUACAUGUAUGUAAAAAGUUUCUGUUUCCUAUUUCCCUUCUGCUCUUGGUUUCAGUCCUGACUGUGUGCUGUGUAUACUCUUGUACAAUCUGUCUCCACAGCAUGGUAGCUGAUGUAGGGUAUGAUAGAAUGCUGCUCUAAAUGCAGUCUAAAAUUUUGUGUUUUUUUAAUCAUACGAACUGAAAUCUGUUAAUGGUGAGGUGUACUUUGAUCAUCAUGUCAGGUAUCUUGCACAGCGUACUCUUUAGGACCAGAUAGUCAAAGACUCUGGCGUUGAUGGCCAGUGCGGCGCUCACUUCGUUCCGUUUGCCACAGUCCACAAAGUGUUUACAUAAUCCACCCUUGAAAUACUAGAUCAGUAGUUCCUCACAUACGGAAAUAAAAUGAAAAAUGGAGUUUUUCCGUGAACUUCACACUGUCCAGCACUCCAGCGAUUUGAAAGUAUCUUCAUCCAGAUCAGUUCAGGAAGCAUAGCCUGAGUACCUGCUGUGUUUUAGGCACUGUGAUCGGCACUAAGGAUUCUGUUACCUUCUCCCACACUUACUAGGAAGUCGAUUCUGCUUUCAGCUCUUCGUAAAUGUGAUGGACGGUGUAAUUUGAGGCUGCUCACCUGUUUCCGGUUGCUCUCUCUGGUCUCCCUGCUGGAAGACGUUGUUUGUUACUGUGCUUUUCCUGGGAUUCAGUGUAUGAUGUCACUGCCUCUUUUUUGAGUCUUUUAUUGUUUUGUGUUCAUUUUAAGGAAACCCACUAAAUCAAGUUAGUAUUAAAGGAAUACCACUCAUUAAGAAAUUUCUGUAUAGCUUUCGCUGAAUACUUAAAUGCCUUACUACAGUUAUCAAGUUGACAUGUUUUUAAUUCACCUAAGGUAUAUUGAAGUAUAAUAUAUAUUGUAUUACAAAGACUUGUUCUAAUAUUUUAAAAUGUCAAUGCAAAAAACAUAUAAUAGAACUUUUCUUUAAAGUUGAAAUGCAGUAUUAUUUAAGGUUAAAGGUUAAAAAGCAUUCUUCACCUUCUGUAUGUUCUUUCACUGUGACUUUUAGCUGCAGACUGAUUGGUAGAUCUCAUUACCUUUCAGUUAGAAGCUGCCCACUGCUUUUGUUGUUUGAUUUAAUCAACAGAGCACAGUGGCAUCACAGACUCUGGAAAGUGACUUGGAUAAAAAUAUCAGUAUGUAUCUGUUUGGGGUAUUUUAAUUUUGCUUUUUUUAAUGCCAUGGAUAUUUCAUUUUGACAAGUCAGAAUGUGAAGCAAAUUCUCAGACUGAACUACUUCUGGGACCUGGCUGGAAGAACAUUCGAUUCAAUGUCUCAUUUAUGGUAGUUUUGCAGGCUGCUCACUUUUGAACAGCUUUUUGCAUGGGAUAGGAGCAUGUCUGUUCUACCACAUCGGCUUAUUCAAAAGCAAGAAUUUUUAAAAUAAGAUGUUAAGUUGGUUUAUAAAUGAGCCUAUUCAUUAAACCACAGGUCCUGCAUAUAAUUCCACAUCCUUUGACCAAUAAAAGUUGCUGGAGAACCAAA